AUGAGUCUACCACAGAAAACAACAUCAAAGGUCCCGCGUCUUCAGCGGGCCCUUGUCGCAACUGGCCCGGGGUCAUUGGCUCUCAAAACUGUGGCUGUACCACGAAUAACCUCGGAGGAAGUUCUCGUUCGCACUGCUGCCGUUGCCCUCAACCCAUCUGACCACAAGCUACUUGACCAGUCUACCACCGCAGGCGCCAUCAGUGGUAGUGACUUUGCUGGUGUGGUUGUUCAUGUUGGCAGCAGUGUCAAGGAUCGGAUGAGCGUGGGUGAUCGUGUCUUUGGCAUCGUGUUUGGUGCAAAUCCUGGCCGUCCAGGCAAUGGAGCCUUUGCGCAGUAUGUCGCUGCACCGGCCGACUUGUGCAUGCAUGUGCCCGAUGGAAUGGACAUGGCAACGGCCGCUUCGAUGGGUAUGGGCUUGAUGACCACAGGACUUGCAUUGCGGUCGUUGGGUCUGCGAUGGGACCGGCUCGCAGAAGAGAAUGAUGACAGUGAUGACGAGAGGCAUAGUCCCUACGUACUCGUCCAUGGUGGAGCAACAGCUACGGGAACGAUCGCCAUCCAGAUAUUACGACAAGCAGGCUAUCUCCCAGUCGCGACCUGCUCUCCCACCAACUUUGACCUUGUCACCGACCGCGGCGCCGUGGCUGGAUUUGAUUACAACUCUGCUAGCUGUGCUAACGACAUUCGAAGAUACACCAAGGGCCGCCUUCGCUAUGCUCUGGACUGUAUUGGCAACGAGGCAACCAUGAUCCUGUGUUAUUGCGCCUUGGGAGACGGCGCCAGCUACUACACCACCUUAGAACAAUACUCGCGACGGCUGACGAUCCGGCGACGCGAUGUGACACCAGACUGGAUCUUGGGUUGGACCCUGCUUGGCGACGAAGUGCAACUGGCGGGUGCCUACUACCGCGAAGCCAGACCGGAUGAUCGUCAGUUUGGUAGAGACUGGGCUGUUUUGAUGGAGUCACUUCUGGAACAGGCACGAGUGCGGCCACAUCCUAUCGAGGCGACAGCACAGGGCACGUUCAUGGCGGUGAUUCCAAGACUGGAUCUACUACGAAAGAAAAUGGUCAAGGGGAAGAAGAUUGUCGUCAAGGUGUGA